AUGUCGUCUUCAACUAUUCGAUUGACGGUUGUUCACCGUUCCAACUCGUAUAACGUCACCCUCGAAGAGGAUGCAACCGUGCAAUCCCUGCAAGAACAGCUCGCAGAGCUUACAUCCGUCCCACCACAUCUCCAAAAGCUCUUGUACAAGGGAAAGAAGAAUGUAGAACCGGAAGCGGCGCUCGCUAUCGCAGGGAUUACGAAUGGGCUCAAGAUAACGCUGUUAGGUAAUCCGGAGAGCACCAUCGGAGAACUAUUAGAAGCAGAAAAGCAACAGAAAAGAAAAGAAGAUAUUCUAAAGGCUAGAGCAGUCGGCCCUCGUGCGAAGGUUCGAUCUACUGGUCCUUCGAAAGCCUAUUCAAACUACCGUUUUCACAAGAUCGAGCCUCUGCAACACCUUCCUGAACCUGCCACGGCCGAGGCACUCUUGAAGCGUCUGGCCCAGGAUCCAGCCAUUGUGCAUAUCAUGCAAGAACACAAAUUUUCUGUGGGACUCUUGACAGAGCUCGCUCCACACGAGCAUCCAGGACUACUGGGCCUGAAUAAGAAUGCCGGCGAGGCUAUCCUUUUACGACUGAGGACCGACCGCUAUGAUGGGUUCCGUUUGUAUGCAGAAAUAAGACGAGUUUUAUGUCACGAACUGACCCAUAACGUUUGGGGUGACCAUGACGAUAACUUCAAAAAGUUGAACUCUCGAUUAAACCGUGAGGUGGCCGAAUACGAGAGACAUCUCAAGGAUAACACGCAUACGUUGGGUGGGGCUGCUUACAUGCCUACAUCCGCUGGAGCAGAGAUGAUGGCGGAGGCGACGGUGCACGUACUCGGAGGAGCAUCCGGUGCGAGUACUUCGUCCAAUAUGACUAUUGCGGAACGAAGGGCUCAGAUCCUAGAGGCAACUCUGAAGAGACUCCAAGCAGAAGAGCAACAGAUUGAAGACAUGUGUGGGAGCGCUCCGCAUCAGGACUCUACUUCAAACUAA